AUUAUAAUUAAGAAAAUAAUAAAAAGAAAAAAACUCACUCCAAAAUAAAUGUAAGAAUAAAGACAAGAAAAAAUAUAAUAUUUUAAUAUCCAAUAUAAAUUACAGCUAAGUGACAUUGUUAACUUCAAAAGAGGUACAGUCCAGAAAUAUGAUGAAAAUUUUCUGGAAGAGGUAAAUGACUUCUACAAAAAUUAGUUUGAAGAGAUUUAAGGAUAACUAUAAUAAUAUCAUCUAUUUUAAGAUUUUAAGGAAAUUGAUCAUAAAAAGAUCAAACACAAUACAUGUGCUUUAAUUGGAACCAAAAACACAUGGGAUUUCAGUACAAUUUUUUCAAACUCUGGUUAUGAGAGUAGAAAUAAAUCUGUAGUAUUAAAAGAAGGAAGAUACUGCCAAGCAAGUUAACUAAAAAAAAAUGAGAAGUAAAAUUCAAAUUUUUAAAAAUUUGAGCUCAGACUAGUGAAGUAAAUAGAUCCUGAUAAUCCAACAAAUACUUCUUAGAAAUAUGGUGAUUUCAUGUUAUGUCACUUUUUAUGUCGAGAUUAGCUUAAAAGUUGUUCAAAAUAAUUUAAAUCAACCUAAUAACCUUAAAUCAGUCAAAAAAAAGCUAAUGGGUUGAGAGAAGUAGAUGAAAAUAAUACCUCUGCGAAAUAAUAAUAGAAUAGAGACUUAAAUCAAUAAGAUUAUUCUAAUAACUCUUAUACAAUAGAAUUCAUAUAAAAACCUGAGGAAGAAUACCAAUAGCAUUCAUCGCAAAUUAAUUAGUAAGAACUACUUCGUCAAAACCAAAAUGAAAACUAAUUCAUUGAUAGUGACUAGUAAAGGUUAAGAGAUAAUAAUAAUGAAUUAUUUUAAAAUGAUUAAAAUAGAAUGGCAAUUAAUUUAUAAGAAUAAAGCUAAUAAACUUCCUAAAGCAAUCAAAUAAAUUUGAAUAUUAACAACCAGCAAAACUCAAUGUCACAUAAUAUUCAAAGCAGCUCAAUUAGUUAAAUAUAAGGUAUAAAUGAAGUUACUUAAUAAAACAUAGGCUAAGUUGAGCAGAAUUAAUAGCUAUUGAUAAAAUAAGAGAUACCAUAAUCAAGUAGUUAACCAAAUAUUCAUAGUAAUUAAAAUCAUAGAGCCUCAAACGGGGUAGAUUUUCAUUGCAAAUAAGAAUAUGACUAAUAAUCAGAGAACCGCAUUUAAUAAUUACAAAACAGAGUAAAAGAUCUUGAAUAUGAAUUAAUAAAAGAAAAAUUAGAUCAUGCUAAAGAAAUAAUGAGAAUGUUUCGUUAAAAUAACCCUCACUAUGAGCCAUAAAAAAAGAUUAAGUAAGAUAAUAUAAAAAAUGAGACAAUAAACAUUGAUUGA